GAACAAAGCAUCCAUAGAACACAAUCGCCGCUCCAAACCCGUCGCAGUUACUCCCGUUUGGAUCGAUCGACCGAUCUAUCACACACCGCGAGAGAAGAGGGAUGGAAGCCAUCACCGAUCAAUCCGUCCGACCUGCUCUGGUGGCUGGAUCGUCGAAGCUGCGGUACCCGCUGCGAUCAGAGGCCAGACUGAAGGAUGGGAAGCCGAUGAUCGCUGAACCUGUUUCCUCGUCUGCUUCCAAAAGAGGAAGAUCUUCUCCUGCAGUUAGCAAGAGUGUAAGCGUUCUCGACCUCUCAGGAAAGGAGAAAUGCAGAAAACCUUCACGAAGGCUCUCAAUACCGAUCAAACCUGCUGCCAGCCCCUGUCCUACCAUUGUUGGAAGCAUAACUCCAAUAUCAGAAACCCGAGCAAAAAGAUCAAAUGUCCAUGCGAACAGUGAUACUCCACUGUUGGAAGUGUCAAAGUCUAUCAACAGGCGGAAAUUCAAUGUGCUAUCUUCUGUUUCUUACUGGUUAACACAGAUCAAAUUGUCAGAAUCAUCUUCAAGACAUUCAAUUUCACUUGGUUUCUUCAAGCUCGCACUGGAGUCUGGAUGUGAGCCUAUAGAUCGAAUGCGCGAGGAGCUUAUAUCAUAUAUACAGAGGCACAGCCUUGUUGCUGAGAAAGAGGAUUCCGUUAAGGACUUGCUACAGAGAUACAAUAUUGUGGAGGAUACAGAAAAGUUAAAAUUAUCUGAAACCAGUUCUAAGUUGCCUGAAGAGGUGACCUUGAGACCAGAUCAGGAGAGACACGGCAUCUCAUCUACAUCAAGAACUGGCAAUUUGACACCUAAGUUGUUGAACGUGAGCACUCCUGUAGUUGUUAACUCAAACAGGAAUGACGGUAUUCAGAAGAGACUACCAUCCUAUACAAGGAGAGGCUUAUAUAACAAGAUUGAAGCAAAUAUUGCAGCCGAUAAAGAUGAUAAGAGUACGAGUACUCAGAAGAAAUCUCAGAAACCCAGGACAAAACCUAUCAAUGGAAAUGAGAAGAUAAAGAGAUCUUUAAAUAAUUCUCCUACUGAACCAGGUGAUAAAGCUGAUAUUUUGCCUACAGAGGAGGCAUCAUUAUCACAUGAAGACAAGGAGAAUAUGGACGUUCAUGUAAGUGCAGAAGCCAACUCUCUUGAAGAAAUUCAAGUGAAUUAAAUCUGAAUGUGAAGAAUGUGAGUUUAGUUUGCAAAUGGUUGCCUUGAUAUGUGAUUAUGAGUGUGUUUUCGCACUUUUGGUAUUAGCGUGUGAAUCUUGCUUUCUCUUUAAUCAUGAUACAAUGACCCAUUUGAAUUGUGUUCUUAUCUGGAACUGAUAAUUGAGAGUUCGAAGAAA